AUGUUCUCUCUACGACUGAUCCGUUCCCUCUCCACCUUCUCAAAAACAGAAAUCGAAAACGCAAGAAAAUGGCUAGAUGCUGCCAACCUGGCCUCCAUUCCCAGACACUUGUUUACGAUUUCCUAUAGCAGAUCGUCAGGACCCGGUGGUCAAAAGGUCAACAAAACUUCAUCCAAGGCGACGAUCUCUCUCGAGCCUGACCAAUGGCUUAACCCACAAUUUUGUUUCUGGAUGCCUGCGCCUGUAUUGGACCAGAUUAAACAGUCUACCAUACGUUACCAAACCAAGAACGGCGGAAUCUUGGUGCAGAGCGAUGGGUCCCGGUCUCGAGAAUUAAAUACCGAUGAGUGCUUCCGGAAACUACUUCAAGAUAUCAAGGAUAAUGUUUAUUUUGCUGAGGAGAUGAGUGAGCAGGAUAAGAAGAAAUGGGAGGAUUUGGCUAUCGAGCAGAAGGAGAAGCGUAUGUUCCAUAAAAAGAGACAGAGUGAUAAGAAGAAGCUGCGGCUGAAGCAGUUUGAUAUCUAA